UCCUAUCUGACUUUCACUCCUAACAAUUUCAGAGCAUUGAAGAUUUCACAGACAAAACUGAAUUGAAAUUCUUUGGUUAUACAACUGCACUGAGCAUAUUGUAUGCUGCUUUUCAUUAACUCACAAGAUGUUCCACUAGUGACUUCUUGCUAUACUUUGAAGCUUAAGAUCUGCAAGUGGCAUGUCACUCAAGGAUGCUACCAUUUCCAGUUUGAGAUAUAUUGGACAGAUACAAACCUAGAGAUUACAAAAAUGGAUGACCCUGCAGAUUAUACUGAUGGUUAUACUGAUGACUAUCCCCUACCAGAAAUGCCUGGUACAAAUAUUCCAAUUGUAGAUUCAGUAGCACCCGAACCCUUGAAAAUAAUAAAUAUAUUCUUGCAGACAAUAACCUGCGUACUGGGAUUGUGCGGCAAUGGUUUAGUGAUCUGGAUUACCGGCUUCAAGAUGAAGAGAACAGUCAACACCACUUGGUUCCUCGGCUUGGCCAUCGCUGACUUUGUGUUCUGUGUCUUCCUUCCAUUCACCAUCGUGAAUGUAGCCAGAGACAAGGACUGGCUCUUCGACAUUCACAUGUGCAGGGCGCUCUCCUUCAUCCUGUUGCUCAACAUGUAUGUCAGCGUCUUCCUCCUGACCGUCAUCAGUGUGGACCGCUGUGCGACGGUCGCCUUCCCCGUCUGGUCUCAGAACCACCGAACCGUGAGAGUGGCGUCCUUCGUGGUGCUGGUUGCGUGGGUUUCCUCUACUGUUCUGAGCCUCCCUUCGCUUCUUUUCCGGGAUAUUCAGCCCCUUCACAAGAAAGUACUGUGCAUAUACAACUACAAGAACAGCUUGGGGCUCCCGGCUCAUGAAAUGGUUGUGUUCAUGAGGUUCAUUGUCGGUUUCCUUAUUCCUUUCAUGCUGAUAGUUCUCUGCUACAGUAUCAUCGCCUGGAAGUUAAAGAGGAGGAAUCUUGCCAAAUCCUCCAGACCUCUCAAAAUCAUGGUGAGCAUUAUUGUGGCUUUUUUUAUCUGCUGGGUGCCUUUUCAUGGGGUACAUAUCCUCGAGAUGUAUUUUUGCGAUGAAAGGCCCGUAACUUGCACGAUUCUUGUUUCUGUUGCCUUUAAUGUGGCCUCGGCCAACAGUUUUUUAAACCCUAUUCUGUAUGUUUUCAUGGGCUCAGAAUUCCAAGGUAUACUCAGGCAGUCUAUUUUCUUUCGGCUAAAGAAAGCACUGGCUGAGGAUUCACAAAUCACUGCAAGGAGCUCCAUGUAAAAAUCUUAGAACAGUGAACCAUUGUAAAGGACAAACAGUGUGCAAAGACUGUAUCCAGCAAUUAAGUAAACUGUCAGUAUUUUCUUCAAACGAUUUUUACAUUUGUAUAAAUAAAAUGAUAUUCAGUAUGGUAAGGUAGCUUAUCAGGGAUUUUCUGUUGUGUACCAUAUUACCUGAUUAUAAUAUAAAAACAUAUAUCUGUUUCUGUUCUCCUAUUUUUUACAUGUGUCUUCCUUCCUUAUACUGUACUUUUGUUGAUCUUGGAGAGGUCAACCGACAGUAUGAUGUGACAUGGUCUAUGCCUCUCAGGAGUUUGAAUACACAAUUCAAAUCCCUGGGUAAACUUUUCUGUUUCAGGACAAAUCAUUCUAUUCCCUUCAACUGUCUGAAUGUGGAAUUCCCUCGGUUCUGGUUGGUUUGUUUUGUAGUACUUUUGGAGCAACAAUCCAGAACACAACAUUCCAAAUUUAGACCAAUUUUGCAUCAUUUUACCAAAUUUGCCUUGAUUUGAUUUUUACCAUUCUUAACUACAGUAUGUAUUUCUCAUACAGUAUAUGACUUUUUCUACUUCAGUGCCACUCGUUUGAUAUUUAAGAGGUUUGUAUCAGGAGCUGUUUCAGCAUAGAGAGGCUACAAAGGAAAAUUCAACAAUUUUCCUUCACACUGGAGAGUGCCAACAGCCAUAUUGCCUUGCAACUGAAAACUGGCAACCCUCUGAAGCUAUGGCCAUGAGCCUGGUCAGUACCUGGGUGAGAGAAUUAUGGUCGCUGCUGGAAGAGGUGUUAGCGGGGCCAGUAGGGGGUGUUUACUCUGCAAUCUGUGUGGGUUUGCCCCAUUAUAGUGACAGGGAGACCAUACUGUAAAAAAUGUUCCGUCCUUCGGAUGAGAUGUAAAACU